AUGAGAAUCAGCAUUUUAAAAUUUGUUUUUUUUUCAAUUAUUAUUUGUUCUUUUGAAUAUGCCAAAAAUGAAUUAUACUUUAUAAAUAAGAGAAAUGUAUAUCAUGAAAGGAAUAUAACAAAUUUUAGAAAUAAUAGGAUAUUAGCAGAUGCAGACAAUCAAUUCGAUUUAAAUGAUUUUUAUCAAUCAACUUUGAGUCUUGCAAAUCAAUUUAAUGAAUAUGAUGACUAUGUCGAUGACGAAGAAAUGUCAUUUAUUCGAAAUGCUAUAGACUCACAUAUAAAGAAGCAUAUAAAAAGUAAUACAUUACCCGAUUUAAAUAAUGUAGAUAAGAAAACUAAAAAGUUAAUUAAUGAACUUCGGACAGAAUUAAAAGAAUUAAAAAAAGACCUCGAUAAUAAAACGAAUAGUGAAAUGGGAAUACAACCGAUACAAGAUAAAAGAAUAACAAAAAAAUAUGGAAAUAUUUCUGUAUCAGAACAUGAAGAUUUUAAACAAUUGGAAAAUGAAGGAAAUUUCUUGGAGAGUGAAGAUGACAAUUUUGAAGAUGAAUAUAAUAAAAUUAAAUCAAAAGAUAAUUUUAAGAAAUUAAAAGCUAAUAAAUAUAUUAAAAAAGAUGAAGAAAAAACACUUAGGUAUAUGAUACUGAUGGCUACUACACUCGUGUUGGUGACAAUGGUAUCAGGAACAGUGCAAUUACUAUUACUAUUUGGACCGCUUGGGUUUUUAAUGUAUAAGAAAUGGCGGAAAAUCAGGAAAUGUAGCUUUAAAUUAUCAAAAAUAUAA